AUGCUGCGCCUGUGUGGCGGGCGCGGGGCCGGCGGGCGGCGGCAGCGGCCGUGCGCGCUGCUCCUGCUGCCAGCGCUGCUCUGGCCGCCGGCGCUGGUGGCCUUCAACCUGGACGAGGAGAAGCUGACGGUGUACAGCGGGCCGCCGGGCAGCUACUUCGGCUACUCGGUGGAUUUCUACGUCCCGGACCGCGGCACGGUGAGUGUCCUGGUGGGAGCCCCCAAAGCCAACACCACGCAGCCGGACAUCGUGGAGGGAGGAGCGGUGUACCACUGCGCCUGGCCCGCCGCGCACUGCCGGCAGAUCCCCUUCGACAGCACCAACAACAGGAAAAUCAAAGUCAAUGGCACCAGGGAACCUAUUGAGUUUAAGACAAAUCAAUGGUUUGGAGCAACAGUGAAAGCCCAUAAAGAAAAAGUUGUGGCUUGUGCUCCCUUAUAUCACUGGAGGACCCUUAAAGAUAGCCCUGAGAAGGACCCUGUUGGCACCUGCUAUGUUGCAAUUCAGAACUUCAGUGCCUAUGCUGAAUACUCACCUUGUCGCAACAGCAAUGCAGAUCCUGAAGGACAAGGCUUUUGUCAAGCAGGUUUCAGCUUAGAUUUUUACAAGAAUGGAGACCUGAUAAUAGGUGGACCUGGCAGUUUUUAUUGGCAAGGUCAGGUAAUCACUGCAAGUAUUGCGGAUAUCAUUGCAAAUUACUCCUUCAAGGAUAUUCUAAGGAAACUGGCACGAGAGAAGCAAACAGGAGUGGCACAACCUACGUAUGAUGACAAUUACAUGGGAUACUCAGUGGCUGCUGGGGAAUUUACUGGAGAUUCUGAACAAGAGUUGGUUGCUGGAGUCCCAAGGGGAGCACAGAACUUUGGCUAUGUCUCAAUUAUUAAUUCUUCAGACCUGACCUUUAUCCAGAACUUCACUGGUGAACAGAUGGCUUCUUAUUUUGGGUACACUGUUGCAGUAUCUGAUGUUAACAAUGACGGUUUAGAUGAUAUUUUAGUUGGGGCCCCUCUCUUCAUGGAAAGAGAAUUUGAGAGCAAACCUAAAGAAGUUGGGCAAGUUUAUCUAUACCUUCAAGAAAGUGCUUUCUUAUUUCGAGAUGCGCAAAUUCUGACUGGCACUGAAGUGUUUGGGAGAUUUGGCAGUGCAAUCACACAUCUUGGAGAUCUCAAUCAGGAUGGAUAUAAUGACAUUGCUAUCGGUGCACCAUUUGCAGGAGAAGACAGAAGAGGUAAAGUGCUCAUUUACAACGGAUAUAGUGAUGGGUUAAAUACUAACCCUUCCCAGGUUCUCAAUGGGGCCUGGGCCUCACAGUCCAUGCCUUCGGGAUUUGGCUUCACUCUAAGAGGAGACUCAGAUGUAGACAAGAAUGAUUACCCAGAUUUAAUCGUAGGUGCAUUUGGAGCUGGAAAAGCUGUUGUUUACAGAGCCAGGCCUGUUGUGACAGUGAAUGCUCUACUCAUUCUGAACCCCAUGAUUGUGAAUCCGGACAAUAAAACUUGUCAGCUCCCUGGCUCUCAGCUUUUGGUGGCCUGUUUUACUGUAAGAGUCUGUGCAGCUUUUGAAGGUCAAACUAUUUCAGAUGAGAUAGUGCUGAAAGGUGAAUUGCAAUUAGAUUCAUUGAAACAGAAAGGAGCUGUUAAGAGGACCCUCUUCUUUGAUUACCAUCAGUCACAUUAUUACUUCUCCCUUGUGAUGGAAAGACAGAAACAGCUCCAUUGUCAGGACUUUCUUGUAUAUCUCAGAGAUGAAACAGAAUUCAGAGACAAAUUAUCUCCCAUCAACAUAAACUUGAAUUAUAGCUUGGAUGAAUCCGAUUUUGAAGAUAACUUAGUUGUAAAGCCAAUACUCAACUAUUACCAGAAAAGCACAGUUACAGAACAGGCUUACAUUCUGGUAGACUGUGGAGAGGACAACUUGUGCAUUCCUGACUUGCAGCUUUCUGCUAUGCCAGAUAAAGAUCAGCUCAUAAUCGGAGAAGAAAACUGUAUCAUGCUCAUAAUAAAUCCAAGGAAUGAUGGGGAAGGAGCCUAUGAAGCUGAGCUGCAUAUAAAGAUUCCACCUGAGGCAGAUUACACUGGAGUUGAACGCAACAACAAGGCACUGCGUGUAUUGAGCUGUGAUUACAAGAUGGAAAAUGAAACUAGAAUGGUGGUUUGUGAUCUUGGGAACCCCAUGGUGGCCGGAGCAAACUUCUCUGCAGGCCUCCGAUUUUCUGUUCAGCAUUUUGAAAAUGACAAUUUCAACAUCAGUUUUGAGCUGCAAAUAAAAAGUUCUAACAAGAUUAAUCCCACCAGCAAUUUAGUUAACCUCCAUAUCAACAUCAGUGCUGUGGCUCAAGUACAGGUCAGAGGUGUGUCUCACCCUCCACAAAUUGUUUUGCCACUUCAGAACUGGGAACCCAAAGAUGAACCUACAAAAGAAGAAGAAAUUGGUCCUUUAGUAGAACACAUCUAUGAGCUGCACAAUAUAGGACCAAGUGCUAUCAACAGUACAGUUCUCGAAGUCGGCUGGCCUGUGUCCAGCAGAGAAGAAUUUCUUCUUUACAUUCUUCAUAUUCAGACACAUGGACCAUUGCACUGUCAAACAAGCUCUCCCAUUAAUACUAUGCAAAUAAAGUUUGCUAUUCCACAAGACACUCCUGAACUAGCUGCGUUUUUGCAUAAUUCCACAAUUCCUCAUUACAUCAGGAGAAGGGAGGUCACAGUGGCAGAACCUCAAAGGAAAAGCUCUGCAAAAAUACUGAACUGUACAAAUGUGAAGUGUAUCCUAAUUUCCUGCACUGUGGGACAACUGGAGAGAGGGAAGAGUGCAGCGUUAAAAAUCAGGUCCCGGCUAUGGGCCCAAACUUUCCUGCAGAGAAAAAAUGAUCACUAUACUCUUUUUUCCAAUGUGUCGUUUGAAGUUAAGAAGAUGCCAUAUAAAGUGCAGCCAGCAAAGCUCCCUGAGGGAAGCAUAGCAAUCAGAACAUCUGUCAUUUGGUCCACUCCAAAUGUCUCCUUUGUAAUCCCUUUAUGGGUUAUAAUACUAGCAAUACUUCUUGGAUUGCUGGUACUAGCUAUGUUGACCUUAGCUUUAUGGAAGUGUGGCUUCUUCGACAGAGCUAGACCGCCUCAAGAUGACAUGGCUGAUAGGGAACAACUGACAAAUAAUAAGACUACUGAUGCAUAAAGGAAGAAUGACAGUUCAAGUCCGAGUCUUACCUGAGACUAGAAACACGAUAAAGAUGAAAUGAAGGUUUUCUUCUACCAGUCUUCCUUUAUACUUGCAAGUGACAUGGUGUUGUAAUCUGAUCUAUGCAACGUUCUGUGAAUAUGCCACAUGAUGGCCAUCCUUGCCAAAGAAAGCAGCUUUAUCACUGCCUUAAGAACAUACUGAGCAGAAUGUUUUUACCAUAUUCGAGACAUUCUACAUUUUAACAGAUGCUUUUGAACAUAUGUGGUAUACUGAGGUGCUUCCAGAACAAGCCCAAGCCUUACCAGGAGAGAAUGGCUGUGUUGUCUAGAAGAUGGACUAGGACAAAACUUUUGAACACUACUGUAUCAUGCAGAAUACCUUUGACACCUCCCUAAAGAUAAGAACUUUUAUGAAAUUAUGGCUCAGGGAGACAAACAAUAUGUCAGUACUGUGAAAGUACUUCUGAAAAACAAAGGUAGUCUAUAAAAAACUUUAUAAAUGGGGCACAAUUAUUUAUUUUUCCACCUUUUCAGGAUAAAUAUCUGAUGUAAUCAACUUAGACUUUGAGAGAAGGAAGUCAUAAAAUAGAAAUCAUGCACUUACCUUGCAUGUAAAUACAAAAGUAAACCCAUUAUUCACACUGAGCACAUUUUUCUUGGCCACAAGGUGUUUUGCUAAGCAGAGGAUUUAUACAACAUUUUAAAAGGCAAAGCAUAUUAUAAACAAGUAUGUAGUGUAUCUCACCCCAGAGCUGGCAGCCACACACUCAGUUAAAUAAACCCAUACUCAGUAUAAAACAGUGGAUAAGUCACCCUCUCAUGCCAUUGCUGGUGGCUGCUGCCUGGACAGUUGAGACAGGAUACAGUCACUUGUGAAACCCUGAUGUAACUAUCACAGGCCUAUUGGUGACAUUCAGAAGACCUGGGGGUCCAGAGCUAGGGUGAAUUUCCUUCUCUCUUGUCCAGCUUUUUACUCUGUUGAAACAUCUUCUUAAAACGGCUACUGCAUCUUGUGUUGAAUUUGCAUCAUCAGUCCUAACACUUUGUUGAUCUAAAGAAAUCUCUAUCUUGUUUUCUUUUUAUAGACUACAGACUGCCAGUAUCUAAGGUAUUAAAGAGACUUCAGCAAA